AUGAAGGUUUCACAUGGUUAUCAAGGUUCAAAAAGUGGUACCGAACUUACUAAAGAAAUGUACUUAAAUAGAAAUUCAUUGGGUGAAAUUGAAUAUAAUAACAACGGAGAACCAUCUUAUCAGCAUAAUGAGUUUCCAAUUUUAGCAAACUACGGUUCACAAAGAGGAUUGUUUGAUAGAAAUUCAAGUUUAUGGGGCGGUUGGGUGUCAAGGGUCAUAGAAGAAGCCGUAAGAAUCCACAAAGAACUAACUAGUAAAAGGUCAUUCGGAGUACAUUGGGGUACCUUUAUUUUAUCGACCGAGCCAUUAUUAGAGCCGCCAAAACUAUUAAUAAUAGAAUGCGAAAAAGCAAAUAUUUUCAACAAAAAUGAAUUUUUUACUUCAAAAAUUGGUGAAACUGCAAUUAUCGAAGAUUAA